ACCCUGACCUUUGCGGUAUGGUCUCGGUACAUGGGGCACACUCUACCAGCUUCAGCUCCCAGGGUAAAGAGAAUGAACCUCCAGGACCAAAACCUACCUUCUCUUUUGUCAUCUAUCCCUUGUCAAACGCUUGCAGGUCGCAGAGCUUGUCCUGGAGAGAGUCUGGCCAGGAUGGAGCUCUUCAUCUUUCUCACCACCCUCAUGCAAAAAUUUCCUUUCACUCCUCCACCUGGAGUGUCAGAGGAUGAACUGGACCUGACUCCAUGUGUGGGCCUCUCCCUCAACCCUCCACCUCAUAGACUGUGUGCCGUAUCCUGUAUGUGAGAAGGAGGGCUUGAAAAUGCUCCUCUCGUGUCACUCAAAUUGUCCACUGAUGUAUAGGCUUUGAGAAAAUGUAUGCCUAGGUCGAAUUCCUGCUUUAAAAUGAAUCACAACCAAGCAAUGGACUUUCAUUCUUUCUAUUAUACUAUUCAUUCUUUUUAUGCUUGCAGAUCUUUUUGAAUCAGUGAUUACAUGUCCAGUGAUCUGAUAAGAGACAUUAUAGAGACAAAACAUGCAAUCUUCAUUAACUCUAUGUUGAAAUAAUUUAAAACCAUUUCAUUAAGUGUAACAAAAAAUCUUUAAAAUACCCUAAAUUUCAUGCAGUUGCAUUAUACUGAUCCUUCCCAUGUUCAAGACUUUAGCUCACUCACUUAAUAAAUCUAUGUAAUUUUAUAAAAAAUAAAAUCUAUGGUACAAACUG